GUCAACAGAAGUUCGAGAGUGUUCAAAUGGAGAGGGUUGCCAGGUACGCGGCGGAGCGCGGACUCGAUGUGCCUGGCACGGGUGGUGUGAGGGGAGGAGAGGCGGGGCGGCAGCCCGUGGAGGGAGCGUCAGGAGGGGUCAGGGGAAAUGGUGAAGGCGGAGACACGGAGGAGGGCGCGAUUGACAUCGAUCGCAAGGCGCGUGUCCCGGGCGAGCAGGGAGUCCCGGGACACGAGGACGUGCCUGAGGUUUAUCCAGGCACUGGGGAGAGGAUGGAGGACUUUUUGAGGCGAGCAGCCAAGGGACCUGCGGUGGAGACCCACCGUGAGGAGUUGGCGGAGGAGUUGGAGGAGGUGAGGCAACCAUUCUGGAUCACUGGUGCCACCCUCCUCUCCGACGGGAGGAGAUCACGAGACAGGAGACCGAUUGUGAAUUUCCUUGCCGCCGGCUCGCGAGGGGUCGUCGUGUACACGACGAUCGAUCGCGAGGGCGAGCCGGACGAUGCAGUGCACGUCCUUCGGAGAUGGGUGACCAUCUUCCACGAGUUUAGUUUCGGCCGCCCGCAGCGGGUCAAUGCGAUAUGCACAGACUCCGCAUCGGCAUCAAAUGGGAGCCUUGGUGGCACACGAUGGCCACCAUACUCCACAUCAUGCAGCCCCGUCAUGGAGCUGCUUAGGCGGAUGGAUCGUGGGGGGCAGUACAUGUCCCUCAUGAUCGAGUGGACACAGGAUCUCGUCCGCCGUGUCACUGAUGCAUGUGCUCCUUUGGGGAGGGUUUUCGCUGACCGCAUCAUCAAGCGUGUGCAGGCUCGCACACAGCACAUGCUGGAGCCUGCUCACUGCGCGGGGUUCUUACUGAACCCCUGCAGGCGACAUGUUGAGUACUUUUCGUGCGAGGUGAGGGAUUACCCUCGUUGGCUUGUGAGGCAAGCCAAGAGGUACAUUUUGACGCAGACGGGUUUCGAGGAGGAUGGUAUGGAGUACAUCAUUGCAUGUCGGCAGUUUGAGGACUUCCACAUGCAGCAGGGCACAUUUGGGGAUUGGGGAGGGGGGGAGGGGCGUGCUCGUGGGCGUGCUUGCAGCGGCGACAGGGAGACGAUUGAGUGCGCGUCCUGGUGGUCUCAGUACGGGUCUGGCGCACCUGAGUUGCAGCGCUGCGGUCUUCGUGUGAUGCACAUGUGGCCUUGCGCCUCUCCAGCGGAGAGGAACUGGGUAGUCCACGAGGGCAUUCAUACGAAGAAGCGCAACCAGUUGGCCUUUGAGAAGGUCGUUCAGCUCGUUGAGAUCACCGCGAAUGUGUGGUUGUUGGAGUAUCGGCGGGCUGGGUGCGGUUAUGUGCUGCCAUGGCAGCUGGACGAGGGCAUGCUAGACUGCCAGGCCGGACUGGAGUUGGAGCCAGUGCACACGGACACGCGCAGGGGGAUCACGGCGGAGGAGAUUGCCCGUCAGGUUGCGCUUAUCACCCGGGAUCCCAUUGGGGUCUCCGCACCACCCGCCGCUGAGGCCCUGGACGAGGGCAUGCUAGACUGCCAGGCCGGACUGGAGUUGGAGCCAGUGCACACGGACACGCGCAGGGGGAUCACGGCGGAGGAGAUUGCCCGUCAGGUUGCGCUUAUCACCCGGGAUCCCAUUGGGGUCUCCGCACCACCCGCCGCUGAGGCCGUAUUCGGUAGACGUGCUUCCAUUUUUCGUCCUUACCCCAGGGAGGAUGAUUCCGACGAGGAGCCGGUACCCGAGGCAGCGGACCACCCCGCGCUCCGCAUUCCCCGUGAGAUCGACGAGACGCACGAGGAUCCCGAGGAGGAGACCAGGGCGCAUACUGCACGACGGGCGGCGAACAGGGCGGAGAGGGAGAGGAUGGGGGGAGAGGAGGAGUUGUGGGGACCGUUCGGGGAGGUCGCUUCCACGGCCGGCACAAGAGCGCGGGCGAUGAGCCCCGCUCCGAUGAGGCGGGAGUCGUCAGUGCCACCACCUUCUGCUCCGAGUCCUGCACCACCAUCGCCCGUCGCGCCAUAUGAGCCGACCACAGCUGCAGAGGACACGGAGGAGUUGGCGUCCUCUUUGCCUCAGCGCGGACUACUCCACAGAGGCGGGGUAGUCCGACAGUUGAGGUUACGAUCACCUUCUCCGGGGGUCUUGCAGGAGGAGAGGGGACCGUCGGCAGCAGCAGUGGAGGGGGAGAUGGCAGUGGAGGGGGGAUUGGCGGACACGACGAUUGCAGGUGUGGUGGACCAGAUAGCUGUAGCAGCAGCGGCUUCAUUGCUAGAGGAGCUGGCAACUUCAGUGUUGGCGGAGGAGGCACCAGCGCCAGGGGGAGCAGAUGCAGUAGAGGGGCAAGCGGGAGCAGCUGAAGGAGCAGCGGGAGCAGCUGAAGGAGCAGCAAGAGGAGCAGUUGGAGGAGCAGCUACACUUGAUGGGCUUGUGGCUGCAGCAGCAGGAGCAGCUAGAGGAGCAGAUGCAGUGGAGGGGGUAGUGCCAGGAGCAGUGGAGGAGGAGAUAGGGGCACAGGCGGAGGUGUCGCGUGGGGGCGGCGACGAGCGCCUCACGCAGCAGUUCCUCACGGAGCAGUACGAUCCGGUCAUGGCGGGUAUGACUCCAGGUGUGGCGAGGGGGUUGGGGAUCUCGGAUUCGCAGAUGGGGAGCCACCUGGACUUAGAUAUAGGAGUGUCCGGUGAUAGCUUGGAGCACGCUCUGAGAGCAGCGACGCGUGCCGUACUUGAGCAGACUCCACGCAAGCGCGGAGUGCCUCCUCAUCCACGCCCCGUGCCCGCACAGGGAGGAGAUGCACUUGGAAAGACUUCGGGGGUAGAGGGGUUGGGGAUGCCUCGUGGAUCGCGCCGUGAGCAGACGGUUGCAGAGGCUAGUGCGAAGGCUGUUGUGUUAAGGAAGGCAGGAACCCCUGUCACCAUCGAGGAGGAUGAUCCUGAGACAGAUGUGGCAGUACGGGAGGAGGACGAGGACUAUGAGGGCGAGGAGGAGGGAGAGGAGGAGAGCGAGGGAGGUUCCGAUGGUGACUACGACGACGCCGAGUACGAGCCCCCACCUCCCCCACCGACGCGUGCAGCCAGACGGCACGCUGCGCAGACUUCUUCAUCAGCACGAGGGAGGAGGAGUUCGACAUCCGGCACGCGAGGGGGUACGAGGAGACAGAGCGGGAAGGGGAAGAAGCGUCGUUGACUGAUGAGGCCAACAUUCCUUUUUUCCCUGCUCGCACUGCGGUUCGUC